CCCCCCACCAGCAACUGGAAACAACAGGAGGGGAGGAAGAGGAGGGUGGACCACGCUCAGAGUCCCAGACCUCAGUCAGGCAGGACGUGUGUGUUUCAGACACUUCAGGAUGUCUGCAGAACUCCAGCUGCUCCUGCUGCCUCUCACCCUCCUGGCACUUCAAGCGGCGCCGGGCCACGGGGCCUGCGUGGAGGUGGACUCGGACACGGAGGCCGUGGCCCACGAGGGCUUCAAACUGGGCUGCAUCUCCUGCAAGAUGAGAGGCGAGGUGCCCGCCACGGCCGUGGUCAACUGGUUCUUCAGGGCUUCAGACGAGAGCGAGUUCGCUCCGUUGUACACCUAUCAAAACAAAAACGGCGAAAUCAUCGACCCUCGUUUCUAUGAGCGACUGGACUGGAACGGCAGCAAGCGGACCCAGGACCUGCAGGACGGCUCCAUCUACAUCCUCAAUGUGACCUUCAAUGACACCGGGACCUACAUGUGCACCUUUGAGCGCACGCUCAUCUACACCAACUACGAGUUCCAGACCAACACCAGCAAGAUAAUCCACCUCAACGUGGUGCCGAAACUCACCAGAGGGAUGGCGUCCAUCUUGUCUGAGGUGAUGAUGUAUGUCUCCAUCAUUGGGCUGCAGCUCUGGCUGCUGGUGGAGAUGAUUUACUGCUACAGAAAGAUCUCUGCGGCUGGAGAGGAAGCUCUGAGGGAGAGCGAGGCCGAGUAUUUAGCCAUAGCAUCGGAGAGUAAAGAGAACUGUGCAGCCGAGCAGGAGGCAGAAUAACAGUCCAGGCCGAGUCUCUGAGGACCUGUCCCUGCGUCCCACUGGUCCCCCACGUCUUCCACAGCCCCCUCGUCCUCCUCGACCCCCUUCAACGGGACGGAAACAGACGCAGGACAUAAACCUCCACACAAGGCGAUUUUAUUUCAAAGUGACUCUGCAGGACGAUGAAAGGGUCGAGGUUUUAGAGGCCGGGUCAGAUUGAGCUGUAGGUCUGAAAACGCAUGUCAGAAAUGACAUGUUCACAUGUGAUCCCAUGAAGGAGUUAUUUGAUUAACGAGGUUUUAGUUUCACCGCCACCUGCUGAGAGCAGAACGAGUCAGACCGGGACGAACCGGUUUAAACGAGAUCUGCUCAGAUGGCGUCACAGCGACACCUGGUGGCUGGAGUCAGAACGUCUCAUCAAUCUGAAUCAGAACUUUUGUCCAACAACUAAAAACUGGACCCCCUCUGAAGUCUCGGAGCUUAAUGGAGCUAAAGUUUGUAAAAAAAAUAAUUCAUAAUUUAAUUUCCCCCUUCGUUAAAUUUCAUUUUCUGCAGAUCUAAGUGUCCACCUGACAGAAGCCAUGCCCGGUCCAGACCCCACACGCUUCUGGACUUCCUUCUCUGAAACCAGAACAUAUUGUUUAGGUUUAUUUUCACACAUCUGGAAACUCUAAACAUCAGAAGAAACAUUUUACUUCGUCGUAGCAG